GUACGCCAUUGACAUCGUUCCCGCCAACAAGCCAGACGUACUACGUCGAACCGGAAGGGUAUCCCGGCCCUUCGAUAGGUCAUGCCUCCGGACUUUCUCCUUAUGGCCCACUUCCCUUGUCUGGCGGAUCAUACCAUCAUUCUAUGUCCGAGCAAGCGCCUGCAUCCCUCUAUUGAAUAUGGAGGCUCAUUUUUCUUAGUAUGAACAUACCCCCAGAUGCGCCGAGAGCCUUUUUCAUUGAACGGCACCAUCACCACCACUACCAUUACCACCACAGCAGUAGUGGCCAGCCUCUCCCUCGCUCACAGUCUAAGGCUCCUACAGCUGUUCACAACAGUGGUGGCUCACAGCCUGUGGUUAUCAAAAACAGCAGUAAUCAUAAGCUCCAGCCCGCGGUCCAAACGGUACCGCCCGCGGCUCCGGCACAGCGUUUUCGGUACUCCAAGUGUACUGGGCGCAAGAAGGCACUUUGCAUUGGUAUCAAUUAUCGUGGGCAGAAACACGAACUGCGGGGGUGCAUCAAUGAUGCGAGGCAUAUUCGGGACUUCUUGAUUCGCUUUUGGGGCUAUAAGGGAGAGGAUAUCGUGAUGCUUACAGACGACAGUAAGAAUCCACGGCAGCGCCCCACGAGAAGAAACAUGAUUGACGCUAUGCAUUGGCUCGUCAAGGAUGCGCAACCCCACGAUUCGCUCUUCUUUCAUUAUUCGGGACACGGCGGCCAGACCCGUGACAAGGACGGCGAUGAAGUUGACGGAUAUGAUGAAGUCGUAUUCCCCGUUGAUUUCAAGCAAAAUGGUCAUAUUGUCGAUGACGAGAUGCACGCGAUUAUGGUCAAGCCCCUCCCGACAGGGUGCCGGCUCACAGCUCUCUUCGAUUGCUGCCAUUCCGGUACUGCCUUGGAUCUACCAUAUGUCUAUGACUGCCGUGGUCGACUCAAAGGCCACCACGUUACCAAACAAUGGAGAGCAUGGAAGUCGACUUACGCUGACGUGAUAUCAUGGUCCGCGAGUAAGGAUGGGCAGACAAGCGCCGACACGUUUCAAGGCGGCGUGGCUGUUGGAGCCAUGAGCUAUGCAUUUAUUUCGUCCCUCAUGAAGAACAAGGAGCAGUCGUACCAAGGUCUUCUCCACUCCAUCAGGAAGAUCUUACAGCCUAAGUAUAGUCAAACGCCGCAGCUUGGCAGUUCUCAUCAUCUUGACACGAAUUUACGAUUUAUCUUAUGACUUUAUGAAUAUAACUAUGACUUUUUCAGACACUUUAUUUACCGUUACAUGUACACCCUGUCAUCUAAUUAACUGUAUAAA